CCGAUGGAUCCACGCGAGUCACGCGAUGUACCGUGCCGGCUAGCAUUAGGCGGCAGUGUCGGGCAAACCGGGAAGCAUUCGAGCAGUUGCACCGGAACCAGUCUUUGCGCAAGCAGUCGCAGCAUGGUGCUUGAGCUACUCUCCAACCGGCAUCUGUUUCGGAACGAAUUCCUGCACUCCGCGCACCGGUUGCUGCGUGUCUGCCAAGUGUUUGGCACGGUGCCGUGGGAGGUUACGCUAUUCGCCCACGUCACCCAACCACUGUCCUGCUGGCGGGAGCGACUGUUCCGCACACUGAACGCACUCUACUCCCUUGCCCUAGGGCUGGUCGUACUGGCGGCCACCGUCCUGCAGCAUGCCGAGUUUCACCGCGAUAUGCCGUUCGUGACGCACAUGCUCUACAUCAGCGAGUACAGCAUGGAGAAUGGGGUGGUGAUGAUGGUACUGGUCGGGUGUCACUACCAGCGCGACUGCUAUCGGCACUAUGGUGAACAGCUGCUGGCGGUUGCUGUUGAUCUCUCCCUUUGCGGUGGGACGGUCGACUUCCCUCGGAUCGAAACCAUCUUCAACCGGGUGCUGGCAUGCAUCACGCUCUUCUUCGCCGGUGUGCUGACGGUGGACCUGCUCUACAACGAGCUGGUCGUGUGGAGGUUUGCGCGCAGCUCCGCCGUCUACACGCUCUCGAACGUAAUCAACGUGCUGGCGCUGUUACAGUACGCAUACGUUCUGUACGUGCUGUACUUCUGCUACUACGACACGAACAGGCUGCUCGCGUCGUACAACCGGCACCUGCUCGUACGGGGCGCUGAUGAUACGCGGUACGAGAGACGAAGGGGAGUGCACGAGAUCGUACUACCGGCCGGCGCACUGUACGAUUACGCCCACCUGAUCGAUCUGCUGCGCCGUACGCAUCUGCGGCUUGCGCAGCUGUUGGAGCAGGCGAACGGAUGCUUCGGUGUGCUGAUCGUGUUCACCACGACGGCCUCCUUUGUGGUGCUGAGCUUGCAGUUUUUCGAGAUCUAUCGGGCGACCACGGUACGACCGUGGACCGUCACCGACACGUAUCUGCUCGUGUACACCGUGCUGUGGAUCGUGCUGCACGCGGCCAAGGUGCUGAUGAUCCUGUACCCGGCCCAUCUGGUACAGCGCGAGCGUGACCGCACCGGGCCGAUCCUGUGCCAUUUCAAUCCGGCCGCCCUGGACAGUGCGCUAAACAGUGCGUUGGCAAAGUUUUCCAGCCAGCUGCUGCACGUGCAAGGGCCUCAAACGGCCUGCGGUGUUAUCAACCUGGAGAUGACGCUCAUCAGCACGGUAGGUGAAUGCGCUACAGCAAGCAAAGGUCAUUUAUCGCUUGAUCUUAGUUACCAUUAGGUUAAUUUGCUGAGAGACUAAUGAGCACAGUUUGCGUUUUCUCUCAGCAAAACUAAUGCUUAGAUAGCUGUUCUGAUGAUCGAUCGAUCCCAAACGAUCGUUAAUUGUUUGAAAUAAUUCAUUGAUGGACCGAUUUUAGGUUCAUUUUAGCUGAAUAUUGUUGCAUCGAGAAAUUACAUUCAUCAAUUAUCAUACAUUUUUCGUUUUUAUGUUAUUUUGAGUCAUUUUUUAUUUAAUUUUUUUGCAACGGGCAAUACAAAAUAUGUAUCCUUCUGUUGUAGCUUCUUCCUGCUUUUGUACCAAUUUCCUAAUA